AUGGGAAUGAGACCAGGAUCUGAGUUUCACCGCAGCUCUCUGCAGACAAAAUUUUUGUCCAUCCCAUCUGUCCGGCUGGCGCAGCGGUGGUCUCCGGUUGUGCGGCUGUCACAGCAGGAGCGCUUCUUGCCGUCGUCUGCAGAGGCGUUCCUGGGCAGGAUGCGCGCCUGGCACCCCGGGCUGGGGCCACUGCCGGAGGACCAGCUGCCGCAAGGCGCUGCUUCCAGGGGCUUCUACCUGCUGCCCAGGGAUUCUCUCCUCAACGCGAGUGAGCUGACGUCGGGCACGGAGCCGUGGCGCCAGCCGGUGCCGGUGUACGCGGUGGGCCGCAGGUGCGGGCGUGCGCCUGCGCAGCUGCAGCUGCAGGUGUCGGUGUGGCUGUUCUUCCCGUGGAGCCAGGGCAAGCGGCUGUGCGCCGCCGGGGGCCUGCCGCUGCCGCUGCCCGCCCCGCUCUGCCCGCACGCCCUCACGCAGGUCUUCGGCAGCCACCUCGGAGACUGGGAGCACCUCGCCUUCCUCUUCCCCAACGCGAGCUCGGCGCCGCGGCUGCUGCAACUGUGGACGCACCACCGGUCUGCGGUGUACGGCUGGGACUCUGCUCGCGGCGCCUUCUCGCUGCUGGAGCCGGCCGCCGGCUUCCCCGCCACCGUCGCCGCCACCGCAGACGGCCGGCCCAUCCUCUACGCCGCUGACGGCUCACACGGCCUCUGGGCCAAGCCAGGACGCCACGUGUUCGCGCCGGCGCUGGGCCUGUGGGACGAGUGCUCUGCGGGCGGCGAGUGGCGCACGUGGGAGCGGGUGUCGGCGCUGGGGGCGGCGCCGUGGCGGCGCUACCUGGGCCGCUGGGGGCCGCCGGCCAAUUAA